AUGCAAAAGUCCAUGGACAAGAUGGUGAGCAAGAUCAAAAGUUUGGAGAAGAAGGUUUCUGGUUCUUCAAGCAAGAAGAAGUCCAAGGCCCCCACAUUCCCUAGGAGUAGUCACUCCUCACCACCCAAAGAGGCUCCCUGCCCAAGAGCCUCACAGAGCCUCUUCUUUCGAGCCAAGGGAAGGAGAGACAACACGCAGAGAAGGAGGAAGAGUUCUAAGGCCAGACGCUCCAGCUCGACCACCGGACUCGAUCGAGUCCAAACAGAGGAAACUCAACUCGAUCGAGCUGACGGUCGAGUUGACCUGGGAGCCUGUUUGAGAACCCUGGGAUUCGAGUACGAUCAACCCAGUACCAGGACUUCUCUCAGAGCUGGACUCCCUACAACCGCUUCGAGCGAGCACAACUCCACCAAGGCCAAGGAAGCCACACCCACUUUGAAGAUGAAGAAGAAGAGGAGAGGAGCCACAAGCUCGAUCGAGUGA